AUGACCUCCAGCACCACCGAGCCCAUCUCGCCCUCGCGCUACGUCACUGGCCACGACGAAAAUGGCCGUGCAGUCUUCAGCUUCGAGGGCCAGAUCCCCACAACCUCUUUUGACGACAAGGGCCGCAAGGCCAUCUUUGCUGUUCCCUGGCAGACCACCACCUUCCCCGCCGAGUGUUCGGGUCCCGACGCCGUCACGCUCGGCGGCCCACUGAACAACGAAUCCGGCACGGUCUGCCGCAUCGUCGAGUUUCCGCCCAACAUGUCCUCGCCGCCCCACCGUACCGUUUCGCUCGACUAUGGAAUCAUGGUCUCGGGCGAGCUCGAGCUCGAGCUCGACGACGGCCACGUGAGGAGCAUCGUCCCUGGCGACGUGUGUGUUCAGCGUGGAACCAUGCACACCUGGCACAACCGUACCGACAAGUGGGCGCGCAUGGUCUUUGUGCUUGUUGCCAGCAAGCCUAUCGAGGUCGACGGCAAGCCCCUCGAGUACGUCAUGCACUAG